AACAGCCCUGCAGCCUUUAAAGCAGCAUUUCAGUAUAGAGGGAGGCAGGCAGGCACUGCAGGACCAGGAAGGCUUGAGCACAGAAGCUGAGGGACUUUACAGAGCGGUGUUAAAGAUGGCUGAAAGCACAGACAUGUCGCUUCUUGAGGAGGCCUUCAAGAAGUUUUCCAUCCAUGGCGACACCAAGGCCACUGGCAAGGAACUGAACGGCAAGAACUGGGCCAAGCUGUGCAAGGACUGUAAAAUCAUCGACGGCAAAUCUGUCACCAGCACCGACGUAGAUAUCGUCUUCUCCAAAGUGAAAGCUAAGACUGCCCGCGUGAUCACCUUCGAGGAGUUCAAGAAGGCUCUGGUGGAGCUGGGACCAAAGAGGUUCAAAGGGAAGAGCAAAGAGGAGGCCGUGAGCUCCAUAUACAAGCUGAUUGAAGGCAAGGAGCCCGCCAACGUGGGGGUUACGAAAAUCACAAAGAAGGGUGGAGUGGACAGGCUGACGGAUGUGUCCAAAUACACGGGAUCACACAAGGAGCGGUUUGAUGAGAGCGGCAAAGGAAAAGGCAAAGGAGGCCGAGAGGACCUGGUGGAAAACACUGGAUACGUGGGCUCGUACAAGAACGCCGGCACUUACGAUGAAAAACUGCAGGAAAAAUAGCCUGGAGCACUCGUCAUCCAGCCACUGCUGUUUGUGUGAAAAUCUGCAGUAACACUUAACAGAUGCAUUAUUGUUAUUGUUAUGUAUAACUAUGACCGUAGACAAUAUGCAGAUAAAUACCAGCUUAUAGAGGAAGGGAUGGGUUUACUGAGCUUCUGCUCCUGUGCAGUCUUUUUUGUAUGGCUGAGAUUAAAUCAAUGUUUAUGGCGCCACCAUAUCCAUGCUUUAUAAUGGAUAUGGCACUGCCAUCAUUUUGAUUUAAUUCAGGCCUGACAUGGAUGGGCAAUUUAUCGACCAGCUCUUUGUGCCAACCAUAUUCUUAAUUGUUUAAUUCAAUGCUAUUCCACUCCAGGUUUAACAGGUCAAAUUAUAUAAUGAACUACUUCAGGGUCUGGAUGGAAGUUUAAUUGGUUCAAUUAAACAAUUUAGAACAGGGUUGGAACAAAGACCAGGAGUGGAAGGGUCAACGUUGGACACACCUGGUUUGAUUCAACCAAUUAAACCCCCAUCCAGGACCUCAAGCAGUUUAUUAUAAGAAUGGCCCUUUGGGACUGAAGUUGUCCAAGCCUGCUCUAUGACAAACAUACAUUUUUAAAUAAAUGAACACUGUUAGGAAACAACUCAUUUGCAGGUAAAACCCUUUCAAUGAAUGCUGGGCACAUGACCACAAGCUCAGUAAAGCUGGCUGGAAUAUGUCUUAAAGAGUUUAAAGAUGAUUUCUUUGUUUCUGUUUUUCCGAGAUGCACAGAAUUCCUUGAUGCCUCUCAAUGUAACGUUCUUACCAAACUUCUGUAUCUUUAGCAUCUCUUAAAUGGUUUUCAGCUUUAUAUAUUUCUGUUGUGAGGAUUGCCAGUCGAUAGCACAGAAAUUGGAACUAGCACGAUAAUAAGGAUCUCUGUUUUGCAUUUAGCAGACUCUCUCUUUUUGACUUUGCUUCAAAGCUUUGACAGACUUGGGGAGGGAGGUGUCUGGCAAGUCAAUACAUCAAUCAGGACAUUAGAAUUUAGCUUUGAUCAUAAACAGUUCAAGAAACACAAAUAAAUAAAUUAAAAAAUCCUGUCGCCACAAAAUUUAGAGCAACAGCUGUCAAAUGAAAGGCAAAACUGGAACUGCUGAACAUUUGAAGUAAAAACAUGAAAUGAGAGCAAUUAAAGAACGAUCACCCAACAGCAGCUUCGAUGAUUGCUGGAUAACUGGUUAAUUGCUAAAGGUCUGAUUCGGACACAAUCAUUCUUCUUUAUCUUAGAAUGGGAUGUCCAGGUGUCCGGAAUCGAAACUCUUAACCUCUCAAAAUUUGAGUUCGUAUACCGCAACGAGAGGACAAGCGUUACGAUUCAUAAGAGGGAGCACAACAACAUUUUCGACUCGAACCAUCUAAAUAAAGUGCAACAUUAUAUAUAGAGAGAGAGAGAGAUUGAGAGAUUUCAAUUGUAUUGUUGCUCACCUUUCUGAAAGUUCUUCAAAUGGUCACCCAGCGUCCGUGGAUUUCAUUGAAGAUAUUCAAAAUAUGGCGCUCGAUGAUGUCGUCAUUAAGGCACGUCGUCACCGCUUUUUCGGCUUAUAAAGUACGCAUGCUCACACUUCUGUCCUGAGAGAACUACCCUCUGCUGUUUUAUGUACUUGUAAAGAGGCUGUUUCGGAACAUUUUGUACCGGAAUGGUAUCAGAAGGGUUCCGGAACGACAGUGUAAAUACACCUUUUGUCUGUUUUGUUUUUGUUUAUUUUGACAUUUUAAAAGUGAUAAAAACCGUUCCUACAUUGAGCUACAUCCACAAGGAUUACAGCACAUGUCACAGAAGAAGACAUAUUUACUGUACAUAAACAAAGAGUAGAUGGCAAACGUUUUUGUGAUUGAAAUGGAGUUCGCGUUAUCCUUCCAAACAAACCAUAAACAAGAUCUUCAUUGGGCAGCAGAAAUUGCAGUUUGUUUUUAAAAUCCUUUUUUUUCUUCAGCUGAGGGAAAACAAAGCCAGGAGUGGCUUUAAACAUGGUUCCAGGAGACCACCGGGAGACCUAGUUUGAGGCAACUUUGCUGUAUCAAACCCCAAGUAUCUCCUGGUGUACAUGCAGUGCACUGAAACCUAGUCUCCUGAAACCACAAGCCACAAAGAGGCAUUGUGUUCCCUCAGAUUUAAACUUCUUUUCAAUUCAGAUUAUUUAUUUCUUUGUAAAAAAAAUAAAAAUAAAAUACAAAAAAUACAAACAAAAAAAAAUGUAAACAACCUAUCCUGUGUUUUCUAGAGAUGUGUAACAUGGACAGUAAUUACAUGAAUAAAACUGCAUUCAUAAAAGUA